AAUUUAAAUAAUAAAUAAAACAGCAUAUGUCCACUAACAAAGAAUAAAUUAAGGCUGAGAUUGAUGAGAAUAGAAAGAAAUUAGCAGAGAAAUUUGGAUAAACCAAGAUGGGCAGCACUUUGGCAAGAAGAAAGCAUAAAAAUGUUCAUUAAACUUAAGUAUUAUAAGGAAUUAAUGAUUAUAGAUUAAUGAUGACAAGAAAUUGAAAUAAGUCAUAAAGAAAUUUGGAGUCUAGUAAUUAGGAAAUAUUGAUGAAGUCAAUUUUUUCAAAGAUGAUAAUACCAUUAUUCACUUCUCAAAACCAGAGGUCUAAGCAGCUAUUGGAAGCAAUACAUUUGCGAUAUUUGGAAAUCCAGAAACUAAAAAGUUUUAAGAGUUGAUGCCAGAAAUUCUAAAUCAUAUUGGACCAAAUUAAAUGUCUCUCCUUUAAGAAUUAAUGAAAGAAAACUAAAAGGUACAAACUUUAAAAUAAUAAUGAUAGGAAAAAGUAGAAAAAAUAACAGAAGCUGAUUAAAAAGAUGAGGAUGAUAUUCCUGAUUUAGUAUAGGGUUAAAACUUUGAAGAAGCAAGCAAGAAAGAAUGAGCUACAUGAUCAUAAGUUAUGUAUUCCGGCCAUUAAAUUAUUUCAUAGGUUC